AUGGCAGUCUCUUAUCUAAUUGGACCGGCCAUGGUAGGAAGCACGGCUGCUUUUAAUUCCACCUCUUUAGCAUGGAAACCGAAUUUCAGUGAAAAUGUCAUUUUUGACGAGGCAUAUUCCGUAGCAUUGAGAGUGCAGAUUAUAUCACUUAUGAGAAUUGAAUCGAUCCUGCAUCUCCUAAGGAAUAAGAAUAUGUGGAAUCUCUGCUUGGCUGCUGCUCUUAACCAAGGAGUAACUGGACCUUGGCUAGGAAUGAUGACAAUAUCCUUUAGUACCAGCAUCGCACAGGAAGAAGCAGACAGGCUAGCUUUCUGGACGAUCAUUCUCAGCAGUGCUUUAAGCUUGACGGCGUCCUGUUUGGCAGACACGUUUCAAGGCCACCUAAAAGUCGCUCUCCAUAUUCUACUGAUGAUCUCGUCGGUGAUGUUCCUUUGGGUGCUCCUGCUGGACGAUCAAGUGUUGACCUUUCACAAAGGCGAGCUAUACACCGCGGUGAUCCUGGGGAUAUCCGCCAGCUGGUCAACUCCCGCCCUUUUCCUUGAGCUCGCUUCCGAGAUUGCGUUUCCGGUCUCCGAGGCCAUUGUCGGCGGUUACAUGAUCUUCUUAUCGAACCUAGUCGGCGCACUUUUCUAUUUCUCAUACUUCCUACCGUGGAUGAGUGAGAACAUUUUAUUUUCAGUUUUACGAUUAUGACAUUGAGAAGAUCAUUUUUCGUCUCGCAUUUUAUAUACGUUUGAUUUCGUCCUUUUUUUUAUCAGACGAGCAUUGGUCAACGUACUGCGUGUUCGGCAACAUCACGAUCGCGAUGAUCCUCGUGAUUUUCGUCAAGGAAGAGUAUAUUCGCACGAAGAUAGAGUGAGUGUGUAAUAUGUAUAUUAUAUUCUUUUCUUUCUACGCGUUAUAUAAGACUUACCGUGCAUAAGAUUUAUCAAACGACAGUCCUCCUACGUUUUAGCGCGCAUAAUGCAAUAUUACUCACUGUGACUAUCAAUAUUUUAGAUCGGAAGUCGACUGGUCGUCUCGGGGAGCAGUAAAAGACUGCCGGAAGUUCCAACGGAAAAAAAUCACCGAACUGAUCGAUAAUUGAUAACAGUUGCUAAUUCGUAAUCAAUAAAUAAUGGCGUCUUCAAUGGAGAAUAUACGUCGAUAAAGA